GACAGAUUCGUGACACUAAAACUCCACACUAUAAUUAAGACUUUGUCAACACGAGGACAAAAAAUAUUACCAGGCGUUUCAGUAUCUAUGGCUACAAAUGCCUUGGGACGGGUUCUCAUCUAGACAGCGAAAACCUGAGCGACGGUGUCACAGCGUGCUAUGUUAGAGGACAAGGACAAUGUCUUCCAUCCUUCAGCAGAUGGAGGAUUUAUCACAAGCCGUACUGUCAGGACAGAAUAAAGGGGAGCAGGGACAGGAGGAUGAUAAGACUGCUGAGGAGAAGCCAUCUUGGAUCCAAGCUCAGUAUGCCAAAUACAUGCCUGUUCUGAAGAGAUCAAAGGAUGACACCUCGAAAUCAGGUCGCAGUUCCUCAGAAACCUAUUCUGGGCUCCAAGCGAAGAACGAGGACCAAAAUGAAAAUUCCGUUCAUCUGCCUGAACAAGUCGCUAUAAAAGGGUCCAAUGACACCGUCUUGAAUUAUUUUAUAAAGUUAUCCAAAAAUGAAGAUGAACAGAUUAAUUUGGAAACCAUCGAUCAGCUCCUUUCCAAAGGCUGUGAUGUGAAUGAAGUUGACAAGUAUGGACAGACAGCUAUGCAUGAGGUAGCCAAAAGUUGGCACAUUGAAGUCGCCCAGUUCUUGAUUGAGCGCCAGGCUAAGGUAAACAAAGCAGACCAGCAUGGCAUCACCCCUCUACACAUAGCAGCUGCUGUGGAUUACCCAGAUAUGGUCACCUUUUUACUAAAGAGAGGAGCCAACGUUAAUGCUGAAACGAAAGCGAAGCAGACCCCACUUCACUAUGCUGCAAAGUACGAUGCCGUUGGUUCCCUGAAGAUAUUGGUAAAGAACAAUGCUGACCCUUCUGCUCGGGAUCACAAACAGCGCACACCUCUUCACUUGGCUGCAGGACUCGAUCGCAGUGAAGCCGCUCGCCUGUUACUAAAUCUGAAAUGUGACGCAAGUGUUCAGGAUGACACCGGCCUGUCGUGUCUGACAAUGAUGGUGUUAAACAUGCCACCCGUGGCAUCUCUGGCUUUGGAUCAGUUCCAUGCUAAGGAUCGGCCAAACAGAAAGCAACACUUUUAUCUCAACCAUGUGGAGCCCCCGAUUUCAGGUUUCAAGGGAACACAAGCCAAGUCUCCACUGGAAGUCAUUGUGCAGGCCCGGCAGCUAGACAUCAUCAACCACCCGGUUAUCCAGAAAUUAAUUGAAGUAAAGUGGAAGUUUUUUGGCAGAAAGCACAUCUUUAUAUUGCUGUCACUGAAUCUUCUAUUCAUCUUAUCAUGGACGGCUCUGGGGAUUGGUUCCUCACUUCCGAGACCAGAGGAUGCCCCGUACAAGUUUCCUGAGGACAUUUGGAGAAUCAUCCUCAGCAUUAUUGCUCUGGGCUUGAUGAUUUAUCAGAUUGUGGAAGAAUUUAAGGAAAUCUAUCAAUCCAGGAAAAAACUGAUGUUCUGGAAAGAAUGGAGGAAAAACGAACUAGAGAAAGACCUUAAAUACUGCCAUCCAAUGUGGCCAGAGGAAAAAGAAUACUUGCAGAGAAGUGUGGAGGAUCUAGAGAAAAUCCAUCCAUCGUAUUUUAAAGAUUUCUGGAAUGUCUUUGAUUGGAUUGUGUACUUUCUGCUCUGUGCUGUGAUCGCCACUCAUAUAGCUGAUCUGGUUGUCCAGGAUAACAAGCUCCUGCAUGUAUCUCACAUCCGAGUGUUUUCUGUCACCAUUAUUUUCCUCUGGCUGAGAGUGAUGAAGUAUGCAAGAGCCAUCCGCCUUCUUGGUCCUUUUAUUGUGAUGCUUGGAAAGAUUGUGAAUGACGUGCUCAAAUUCCUCUUUCUCUAUGGAGAAUUUUAUAUCCCCUACGCCUGUGCCUUCUGGAUCAUAUUUGGAGGUCUAGUAGAAAAUAUGGCUACUGUUCCUCAGAUGCUGUUCACCGUCUUUCGCAUCACAUUGGUGGAUGAUUAUGCCUUUUCAGACAUGUAUGGAGUUGAUCCUGUCAUGGCCUAUAUUUUGUGUGGCACGUUCCUUGGAAUCUCAGCCAUCCUUUGUAUCAACCUGCUUAUUGCCUUACUUGCCGAUUCAUUCCAAAGGGUCUAUGAUAAUGCCGCUGCAAAUGCCGUAAUGCAACAAGCGACUACACUUCUGCAGAUAGAAGAGACCCUCAACAAAAACAACAAGGCCAACCUAGAAUGGUACAUCCAAACCACCGGUGCUCCAUUAUCGCUCUUUUACGAUGAUGACCUCACCAUAAACCAAGAUGACGAUCUGAAGAAAGUCACCAUUCAGAUAAAGGAAGAACUGGGGGAACUGAUGCAGAUAGUCAAAGAGAAGAAGCUGAAGAGCGAGUUAGCCGGCAUGCAGAAAAAGAAGUGUAUCCAUGGAAACACAAAAUCCGGCCCGAAACCUCAACAGACCAAUAGCCUGCAGAGGCUUCAGCCACAGAGUUCAGAAAGUUCACCGUUAUUAUCCACGUUGAUAGCAAGUCAGCAGGAACAGAGAGACGCUCUCCAGCAGAUGAACCAGAGGCUGAAGACUUUGGAAAGGAUGAUUCGUCUCAGCCUGCAGGCUAAAGCUCCACCAGGGUCAUCAUCUGUGUUGGCCUGGGAGGACAGAAGCAUGGAGUACAGUGGCAGUGCGCCAGUAGAGAGCGAAGGUCAUCCGGGAACAAACUAUCCAUCAAGAAGACAGAAUGACGAUGAUUCGGAACCUAGUGUGAUAGUGGAUAUUAUUGGCCAAACAAGAGAUAUGCCAUUGUGAAUAUAUGAAUGAUGAGCCCUUUUUACACAGAGGAAAGGAAAUGAGCACUGUAUUGUACUGUCUAACGAUUGGAACAACAA